AUGUCGGCCACAAGCGAAACUGACAAACCACUGUCGCUGCCGUCGGCGCCUGCCAAAAACGUGUCGCCUGCAUUGACGGUGCAACCGCCGCUGUCAAGAGCAGGCAAAGGUCCAGCACUGAUUAUCUUGGUCGAUCAGGAUGCUGCGAAAAAUGUCCCAACAGACAGCAUCGAACCCCGACCACUGCAAAAAUGGGCUGAAGAGAGUUUCCUCGUUGCUCAAAUAGAUCUAAGAGAGCUACAAUAUAGCUUUGAAGCGACCUUAGAGAAAACUGUUUCGGUCAUCAAGGGUCAUCCGGAUUUCGAUGGGAACGAGAAAUUUGGCGUAAUCUCAUACCUCGCUUCAUGUCCCGCUGAGGUCUCUCAGGCACUGGAAGCAGCCCAAGAAAUAGCCUCGAUAGUCGUUUAUGGAUCAACAGAGGUUAAUUCUACGAAACCGAUACUUUACCACAAACCUGGCAACCCACCAAUGCCAAUUAAGAAGGAUGCAUCGAAGAAGAACAAGAUUUACUACUAUCCCAAGGUCGAGCCAUUCUUUGUGCUCCCAGCACACGAGUCUUUCCACGCUUCGUCAGCUUCAGUGUCGCAUACACGCACGCUCAGCUUCAUCAAACCGAUUCUCGGUGGACCGUACUUCGAUCUCGAGGAGAUUUGGGAAGAGCAUUGCUUGUAUGAAUUCGGUGAGAGAGCGGUGGAAAAGACCAUGUCUACUAUGGUCCAAGAACCUUAUGUCAACCAUAUCCCGACGCUUACUGGCGGUAUUGGGAGAGCCAAGUUGACGGACUUUUACCGUGAUCACUUCAUUUUUAAUAACCCAGAAGAUACCGCUCUGGAGUUGGUCAGUCGAACUGUGGGUAUUGAUCGUGUCAUCGAUGAGUUUAUCUUCAGCUUCACUCAUGACAGAGAGAUUGACUGGCUGCUGCCUGGAGUACCGCCAACAGGAAGACAGUGUCGCCUACCAUUUACCAGUAUUGUCAAUAUUCGAGGCGACAGAUUGUACCAUGAGCAUAUCGCAUGGGAUCAAGCUAGCGCUCUUGUUCAGCUUGGUCUAAUGCCGGAGUAUCUUCCGUUCACCUACCCGAUCGAGGGUAAGGCUGCGGCACUAGGCAAACACUUCGAAUACAGAGUGCCGGCCGCUGGUGUGGAGACUGCUCAAAAACUGGUCGACGAGUCCGCCGUAGAAUCGAAUCAGAUGCUUGCAUUUGCCAUUCGCGAGGCUGAUGACUAG